GAUCGUGUUCGUCUUCUGCGCGACGUUGCUCCAGUCCUUCAGACCCAAGUCGCCCGACGUCUUCACCAUCUCCGCGAGCGUCAUCCCUUCCACGCCCGCGGCUUUCAAAACCUUCACGCAGCACCACUUGAUCGUCCCGACCGUGAGCCUCGCCUCGAGCUCCUCCAGGGGCUCCACCCCGGGCGGCGUCGGCGCGACGUUCGGGGACUCCGUCCACGCCACCUCGCCCUCGCUGAGGUCCACCUCGGUGAGGCCGGAUUGAUCCUCGGGCGCGUCGUCCCACCGCACCGUGUGCGUCUCGUUCGUCGAGUCGUACGAGAGCACGAUCCCGGUGAACGUCUUGUCGAGCGACGGCCAGUACACGGAGACGCGCCAUCCGAUGGACGUCUCGGGCGAGCCCGGGGCUUUGCCGUUCGCGUUCGGCAUCGCGGAGGGAAGGGGUGGCGGCUGAUGAGGAUAUCUACCUCGCCGGUGAUAUGAACCAAAAAAUGGAAUGGUCGAUCGAUCGAUCGGUCGUUCGAUCGAAUCGUCGAACGCGACGCGAGCGGGGGCGAGGGGCGCGAGCGCGGCGCGAGCGCGGCGCGGCGCGGGUCCGGCGCGCGACGCUCGCGGUCGAGAGCGCCGGCGCGCCGAGGACGACGGACGCGUCUCCGGAAAGACGACGCGAGCGGCGAGGAUCACGCGCGGCGCGAUCGAACGACGACGCGCGACGUGGACGAGCGCUCCGUGGUGCGAAGACCGGGCGAGCUGCUCUGUGCGGCCGUGAUUGUGGCGGAGCCGGCGGCGUCGGUCGUCCAAGUUCCGCUCGUCUGGCUGGCGGAAAAAUUGUAGACUGGAGGCGUUGGAGCUGGAGCGAGCGCCAGCCUGCCAGCUGUGUCGUCAAUCAAUUUCAGUCUUCGCGCGCGCGUCGCGUCCGUCGAAGCGCGCUCUCGACGUCAUGGGCGUGUACGAGGAGAAAUGGUCGCGCGGAUGCGGGACCGGGAUCGGACUGA